AUGUUGAAGAAAAAUCUAUUUUCUCUAAUUUUGAAUAAUGGUAAUUUUAAAAUUAGUGGAAAUCUAUUAAAAAAUGUAGCAAGCACACAAAUCAGGACACUGCAAACUGAGGUACCUGUAAAAGAAGUAAAAAUCCCUGUAAAAUGGGGCCACCUCGCUGCAAGACUAUGGGGAAAUGAAAAUGAACAGCCCAUACUAGCUUUACACGGCUGGCAAGAUAACGCCGGGACUUGGGAUACGUUGGCGCCAUUACUAUGCCACAAAAGACCAAUACUUGCAAUCGAUUUUCCCGGUCAUGGAUUAUCUUCGUGGAUUCCAGAUGGCAUGCAUUACUACACCUGGGAUCUACCUCGAUUGAUUUUGUACCUUAAGAACCACUUCAAUUGGAAUAAAUUAUCAUUGCUCUGUCAUUCAAUGGGUUCUAUAGCAGGAAUGCGUUACGCUAGUAUAUUUCCAGAAGAGAUCGCAUUCUACAUAGCAAUCGAUAGUCUAAUUUAUGACGACUAUGAUACAGAUAAAGUUGUUAAUAAUUACGCAACAAUUCUGAAAAAGAUUCAAGGUAUAAGUAAAUGGAAAGAUGAACCUCCUUCGUAUACGAUGGAAGAAAUUAUUAAAAUUUGGCAUUUAGGCACAACGAAGUCGGUAGCCAUGGAAAGUGUUCCUCAUUUACUGAAACGUGGUUCAAAACCCUCGUCGAAGGAUCCUAAUAAGUACUACUUUUCCCGAGACUCCAGACUAAAACAGAUAUUAUUUACAGUGGAAGAUAAAAAGUUGGUUGAAACUCUAGCCAAAAGGUUGACAUGUCCGACACUUUACAUAAAGGGAACAAAUUCUCCGUUCGGAAACGACGAAUUCGCUGUAGAAAUGCGUGAACUCAUUGCGAAAAAUAAUAAUAACUUCGAGAGUCAUUUUUUGACGGGAACUCAUCAUUUGCAUUUAAAUACUCCUGAGUUGUUAGCGCCUUUAAUUUUGAAAUUUAUUGACAAAUUUAGUGCAAAAUAA